CAACUGUUCCACCUGUACACCAGUUUGACCGUCUCUCUCUCUCUCUGUCUGUGUCCCUCUCUAGCUCCUGGAGCUCAUUGCUAAGUCCAAGCUCCCCUCGCUCAGUGGCGUGGCCCAGAAAAACUACAUGAACAUCCUGGAGAGAGUGGUCCAGAAAGUGCUGUUGGACCAGCAGAACGUGCGGCCCAUCAAGGAGCUGCUGCAGACCCUGUACCGGUCGCUGUGCGGCCUGGUGCAGGACAUGGGCAAGUCGGUGCUGGUGGGGAACAUCAGCACCUGGGUGCACCGCAUGGACAGCAUCACGCAGUGGCACCAGCAGCUGGACAACAUCCAGAUCAACAGGCCGACGACUGAAGGCCUGAACCUCAGCGACCUGCCCACCAGCGUCCAGCUCAACAUCAUGCAGCGCCUGUCCGAUGGCCGGGACCUGGUCAGCCUGGGCCAGGUGACCCCCGACCUGGGGGUCCUAUCGGAGGACCGGCUGCUCUGGAAGGGGCUCUGCCAGCACCACUUCACCGACAGACAGAUCCGCAAGCGCCUGAUCGUGACGGAGAAGGGCCAGUUGGAGUGGCAGAAGAUGUACUUCAAGCUGAUCCGCUGCUACCCUCGUCUGGAGGAGUACUGCGAGACACUCCACUUCUGCACACACUGCCACAUCCUCUUCUGGAAGGACACGAAGCACCCAUGCACCGCAAACAACCCAGAGGGCUGCACCUCUUCCCUCUCGCCCCAGGACUUCAUCGACCUCUUCAACUUCUGAGGUCCCCUACAGGCUACCCUGUACAUAAUGUACAUAGAAAGUCUUUUAUUUACCUUUUUUCUUUUUUAACAGUGCAAUAUAACCUUCCAGGUGUGUAGACGUUGGGUAGGCUGGAUCAGGCGGCAGGGUGCAUGCUUGUGUUUCCUGUCGUAAAGGACUUUGAGGGGAGAUUACCGUUGGAACGCAAGACUAUUGAUUGAGAAGCACAGUUUAACUCGAGAUUUGAGCACUUUCCGCUUUUCUGAGAUGAAGUGUGUUGAAAAGUCAAUUGGUGGCAUUGGCCCUGUUUGAGAGGUUCCUCUCAAAAAAAUCUGCAAUGUGUUGUACACGAUACGGAGGAAGCAUAUUCUGCUAUUUAUACAAGUGGUGAAUGUUACAGAAAGGGAACUGGGAAUUUGUAAUUGGAUUGAAUGCUGUGACACUUUGGUACGUCGACAAUCGUUGUGAUUUCCUACUUUCUUUCUUUUUCACUUUUAUACACAAAUACUAUGGAUAAUGACGUUUGUUUUGUGUUCGUUAUGUGUUAUUUCGCGGCUAGCGUGUGAUGCUUCUCAAAGAGAAUUUUAACCGAUGUUUAUACCAGAUGUAAGCACAGACAUGGAGUGUCUUUGGCUCUGAUGCGUACUCUUAGUUCCAUGUUUUGAGGAUCUGAUUCCCUUUUGAGUUCACUGACUUUGAACAAGUCUUUUCAAUCUAAAAUCAGUUGAACCUUGUUUUUUAUUUAGAUAAUUUGUUUAUAAAUACACUUAAUUGACUUUGGAAAAUCUUCUACCAUUGAACCCUUUUGUUUAACCCAAAUUAUGUGGUGUAAUUUUGGCUUCUAGAAAGUGAUUUGCAUACUUAUUUGAGUACAAAGUUCACAAAUACUUAUUGCAAAAUUUAGUGCAAUUUUUGUUAGCCAGGUUGGCUACUUUGAUCCGACACUGUUAAAGCCGUGAAGAGAUCUGCUGUGCAAUGCAUUUGAUGUUUCAUUGUCUGUUGAAGUCAAUAAAUGAUAAAAUAUACAAUA